AUGUCCCUCAAAGUCUUCAUCUACGCCUACCGUAAGCCCGGCCUCUCCCUCGAGGAGUUCAAAAAGCAUUACAAGGAUCACGUCGACCUAGUCAAGCGCCUUUCCGGCGAGGACUUCCCUAUCUCCCACAAGCGCAGCUACGGUGCCAGCGACCGCAGUUUCCGGACUCCAGCCACAGUGAUUGUCGGACAGCAGUCCGACAUUGAAUUUGAUGCGUAUGCCGAGCCUAACCUCGGCGACCAGGCUGCUUUCCAGGCCUUCAGUGCGAAGGUCUACGUCCCCGACGCCGCUUUUCAGAUUGCGGCCGACGAGGAGAAGUUUCUCGACAAGUCGAGGCUUGGAUCGUCAUGCUCGGAGAGGUCAUAG